GUCAGUAGUAUUUGUACAUACACGUCAUUACUUUCAUGAAUGUUAUAAAACGAAUGAAUUUACUCAUUAAUAAAUAUGGAAUUACUAUAUCAUCAAACAAACAAAUUGGUCCAAGAAACGCAACAUCUUUUCUCACAACUUGAGAAAAGAACGCCUAACCUGGAUGUUAAGGAAAUAGAAAACAAUAUAGAAUCAAAAAUAAACCUCAUCAACAGUAAUUGUGAACGAUUGGAUGUAUUAUGUCUCAAAGGCCCUAUAUUUCAAAGACAAAAUGCUAAGAUGCGUGUGGAUCAAUUGAAAUAUGACAGUCGUCAUCUCACAGCUGCUUUAAAUUCUUGGCGAAACAAAAUGAUUAAAAAACAAAGAGAAGAGUCUGAAAGGGAGGCACUAUUAUCUAGGACAUUUACCACAAAUGAUCAUAUUGAUAUUAUGAUAGACCAUAAUGUACAACAUAAUUCUAGUUUAAGAAAUGCAAUUCAUGGUGUAGAUGAUAUAAUUCAAAGUGGAAGUAGUAUUUUGGAUAGCUUGAGAUCGCAAAGAAUAACUUUGAAGGGGGCUCACAAAAAAUUAAUAGACAUUGGAAAUACAUUAGGUCUUUCAAAUACUACAAUGAGAUUAAUAGAGGAAAGAAUAAGACAGGAUGGAUUUGUCUUAGUUGGUGGAAUAUUAUUUACAUGUGUCGUUAUAGUUUUAGUUAUAAUUUAUUUUACAUAG